AUGGCCGAGUCAACACAUAAAACCAGGCGCAUUAUAUCCGUGGUUGCGGGCACACUAGUAGCGCUGGCCUGUGGGACCAAUUAUGCCUACUCGGCAUGGGCGCCACAAUUUGCGGAAAAAAUGAAGAUCUCGUCAACUGAGAGCAACUUCAUUGGCACGGCUGGAAAUCUGGGGAUGUAUGCUUCAGGAGUUCCAUUGGGGUUGUUAACCGAUACUCGAGGUCCACGACUCACGACUUUUAUUGGUGCUGUGGCCCUUGCCUAUGAGCACGGAAAGGGUUCGCUCAGUGUUGGCGUGUUGUCCUUUUUCUCAUUCCUUACUGGCCUCGGAAGUUGCUCCGCCUUCUCGGCUUCGAUUAAGACAGCUGCAACGAACUUUCCCGAUCAUCGGGGAACAGCGACCGCAUUCCCCCUGGCAGCCUUCGGACUGAGCGCCUUUUUCUGGUCUAACGUCUCAUCGUUCAUUUUCAAGGAUGACACUGGCCGGUUUCUUCUGCUGCUGGCAGUGGGGACUUUCGUCUUCAACCUCGUCUCCAUUCCCCUCCUUCGGCUCAUGCCCCCAGCUAAAGCGUACAUGGCCUUAUCACGGGAUCGAUCGCCAGGAGCAGAGUCCACCCAACUACAUAGGACGAAGUCCUCUGAUUUGCGUUAUGUUCCAGAAGAGUCUGAUGAAGCAGGUAUGCAGAGUUCUACAGCUUUUGAAUCCCACUCCCCAAUGCAUGUACGGUCGCAAUCUGGCGCGUCGAACCACUCCCACCAUUCUAGCCACAAUCCCGACUUGGAUGAAACGUCAUCGUUGGUAUCCAAAAGCACCCCAAGGCACUCUCGGGAGGUUGACCAGGAGGAAGAUGAUGCUCUCGUAGAUGGCGUCGGCUCACCUCACCCAGACAUUAGAGGCUUGGCAAUGCUGCCCAAAGUAGAGUUCUGGCAGCUUUUCUUGACGAUGGCUCUCCUUUCUGGAAUCGGUUUGAUGACAAUCAACAACAUUGGCAACAGCGCCAAAGCAUUGUGGAAAUACUACGACGAUAGUGCUACCUCCAGAUUCAUCCAACAGAGACAGGUCAUGCAUGUGUCCAUCCUAUCAUUUGGCAACUUCAUCGGCAGACUGUUCAGUGGAAUUGGAUCAGAUCUACUAGUCAAGAAGCUCGACAUGUCACGAUUCUGGUGCCUAUUCAUCUCCGCGGUUGUAUUCACCGUAACUCAACUAGCAGGAGCCGCGAUAUCCAACCCACACCAGUUGAUGGUCGUCUCGGGAUUCACGGGGGUCGCCUACGGCUUCCUUUUUGGUGUUUUCCCCUCUCUGGUAGCUCACACUUUCGGCAUCGGAGGCCUCUCCCAAAACUGGGGCGUGAUGACCCUUGCCCCCGUUCUGAGUGGGAACGUCUUCAACUUGCUGUACGGCAGCAUUUACGACCGACACUCUGUUGUCGGUCCAGAUGGAGACCGGGACUGCCCCGACGGCUUGGGCUGUUACCGGACGGCAUACUAUACCACAUUCUUCUCGGGAGUAGCUGGCGUCAUAGUAUGCUUGUGGAGUAUUUUGCGCGAGAGGCGGGUCCACGGCGCGAUCCGCAAGAAGAUUGAACACGACCGUCUUGCUUAA